AUGAAGCUCACGAAAGACACUGAAAUGGAGAAAGUUGAGAGUUCAUCCUCUGCUCAAGAAUUAGAAAAUAUGGCUGUGCUGCGAUGUACUCAGAAGCGUAGAAACAACGGACGAUCCAAGCACGGACGUGGCCACGUUAAGCCCGUCCGUUGCGAUAACUGUGGACGAUGCGUUCCCAAGGACAAGGCUAUCAAGCGUAACCUAGUCCGUAACAUGGUAGAGGCCGCUGCCAUCCGUGAUCUUCAGGAGGCUUCUGUCUACGACAGGUUUGUCAGCGUUUUCAAAGUUCCUGAUAAUAGAACUUAA